GCUUAAUUAAUCCCGAGCGAAAAUUAUGAUGCGCACAUGGCUGCCCCGCCGGACGAGAGAUGAUUAUUACAAGUAAGCACGAGGAAAGGGAAGAGAAGAAGAAGAGGGCUCGUCUCGUCUUGCAGGCCGGAGGCUGCGUCGCUGCCCCGCCGGCGCCGCCGUAUGCCAGUUCUUUGUCAGUCCCUUCGGCAGGUCUUCGUGGGUCCUUCUCCUUCGCCGGCGACGAGCACCCACCAAGAGAACCUUCCUGCAAGGCUGCAUUGAUCUCGUCUUGUUGUUUCUGGCCCAACACUUGGUUUAUUGCUCAACCUUAACCCCGGACUUGUUCUUCUACAGGACAGCGGGUACAGCGCUAGUUAUUGCUUCACCUUCCUUAUCUUUGCUGCAGCAACUGGAGGCCGAGGCUUUUACAAGGAGCUGGGGAAGAAUGGGCAGAAGCUGCUAUCGAAUCUGAAGCUUUGCUUGGCACACCAGCACUGGAGAGAUGUAUAAGAACCAACUCCAGGAGCUUGCUCAGAGGAGCUGCUUCAAUCUGCCGUCCUAUUCCUGCAUCCGGGAGGGACCAGAUCAUGCACCCCGGUUUAAGGCUACAGUUAAUUUCAACGGGGAGAUGUUCGAGAGCCCAGUGUUUUGUUCCACUCUGCGGCAGGCGGAGCAUGCGGCAGCUGAGGUAGCACUCAAUGAGUUAUCAAAGAGGGGGCCUUCGUCGACGCUGGCUGCCAAAGUUCUGGAUGAAACCGGGAUAUACAAGAAUCUUCUUCAAGAAACUGCUCAUCGAGCUGGUCUAAAACUCCCCAUCUAUACUACUAUUAGAUCUGGGCCAGGUCAUACGCCUGUGUUCGCAUGCACAGUGGAGUUGGCAGGAAAGGCAUUUACUGGCAAUCCUGGCAAGACCAAGAAGCAAGCUCAAAAGAAUGCUGCAAUGGCUGCCUGGUCUGAAUUGAAGAAACUGCCCAGGGUAGGUGAGCCGUCAUCCUCAUCUUGUCCACCUGAUCAGGAUGAUGAAGUGCAGGAACAGGUCGUAGUUACUCGGACUCUUGCAAGCUUGAACCAGGCAAAUAGUGGCAAGGUGCCACAUCAGAAGGAAAAACAGCAAAGCAAUAACCGCCCAUCAUCACGGAGAUGUUAUCCUAAACCAAAUACACCAUUCUACCGACCAUUUAUGCAAAAUCAGGCUUAUCCUAGCGUUCCACCAGAUCAAGCUAUGUACCAUCUGUGGCAUCGGAUGCAAGUGACAGCCAACGCCUCGCUUUCCAGUGGUACCAGCUAUGGGCAAUACAAGUUUUUGCCCACCAGCAGCUAUGCUCCCCAUGUACCCUCCUUCACCUCAAGGGCAAUUCUCCAAUCCGGCUAACCAGGAUGCUCUAGGCCUUCUUCCAUGUUUUCCUGAUGCUUCUCCUGCCAUGCUACGGCACUUCUCACCUUACCCUGUCUCCUAUGUGCCAAGAAGUCCUCUGCCGGUUACUGUUCACAAUGUUCAUGAGAGAAGGCAUGACCAUACUGAAACAGUUGAGCUUCCUGAUGCUGUGGUGUUCUCCCAAUGCACGACCCUAGAUUCCUUUAGGACAUCAGAAUGUGGCGGUCCACCACUCAAGGUUCAAGAACCAACCAAAAAUCGGAAAGAAGGCUGUAUUGGGUCCCCUGAGAAAGAACUUGACACUCUUGCCGUCUCAAGCUCUACCGCACAAGCGUCGUCGCAAAAGUUGGAAGCAAAUGAAGGUAAGCAAACAGUGCAGGCAGGUUUGAAGCAGACCCAUGAACAGCAGCUGAUGUCAUCCUCGUCUUGUGUUAGUUCUUCAGUUGUGGCACAGAGCUCGCAUUACGCUAGCUCCAUCCAGCAUGAUGAGUCUAUACAUAGAAGGAAUCCUCCUCAUACUAGUUCGCCUGCAUUGCCUGAUGUGUGGUCUUCCCGCUCGCAAGCUCUGCCCAGAUUUGGAUCACCAAGUUGGGUGUUCCAGCAGCGACCUUGGUUGGCUGCACCCGUCACAGUUCGAACCGCUGUUCCUGUCUGCUCAGCCAGGCCAAACGUGGUGAAUUCUACCACUGGAAUAAGACCUGCUGCCCAGAGCCAUGAUGGAGAGAGAGAUCUGAACAGCGCCGCAGCAGCGAGUUCUGGAUUCAAUAAACUCCAAAUUUGAGCUGCGGUUUUGGUUCUGCUGAGCUUUUCAUCUCAGUUUUGUUUGCUUCUUGGCUUGAGGUUUAUUUUUUAGUUAGAUAUACCAGAUAGGCUCUUAGGUUUUCAUUUUACAUUUACCAGAUGUCCAGUUCCUUCUGAAGAUAAAUGGACGAGAACUGUAAUAUAAAAAAUGCAGAGGCCUUUCUC